AUGCCUCGCCAACAAAUCAACCUAGAGCCCUAUCGCGACGAAAUAGUAUCUCUCUAUUAUGAUGGCGUCAGUAGUGACUCUAUCAGCCGUGCCCUCGAAACUCGACAUAACAUCCAGGUGAAAGAGCGCACUAUCCAGACGCGCCUCCGCAAGUGGGGAAUCCGAAAGCGCCAUCGAACCACCACGGGAGACGAAGCAUUACACGCACGGAUCACGAUGCUAUUCUGGCAGGGCCGGCUGACCGAUAAAGCAAUGCUCAAACUGCUCCAGCAAGAAGGCUACGGUAUUUCUGAACGCACCCUACGCAGACUACGAUUCAAGUUAGGUCUUCACGUCCGGGCCUCACCGGAUCAGGACCAGCAACCGCGCCACCAACAGCUGCCGAUUGCGAUAUCGAUGCUCCCCUUUCAAUAUCCGACAAAUGUCUCACCGGUAUGA